AUGGCGUCCGCCGGCCAUAUGAACAAUUUCACCACCCUCAUCAAGCGGCUCGAGGCAGCAACCUCACGCUUGGAGGAUAUGGCCAUGUCAUACGAUGAUCCCAGCUCACCAAAGGCUCUGGGCGCCCCUUCAUCAUCCGUGCCCGCUACUCCGGAGCCCCCUAAGCCCUCCCCUCCUCCCCCCGCAGCCCCUGUGGCGGCCCCAGUUCCACCGCAGAUUCAGGACUUUGAUGCGUUGAUUAAAGGAGAUGUUCAGAACUUUGUCAACUUGGGGCAGGAGAUCGGUGGUUUGGUGGCCGAGCAAUCAAAAGCCGUCCUUCAAGCCUUCCAGGCCGAGCGCACCUAUCUUUUCGUUGUGACAAAAGCCAAGAAGCCUGCCACUCAACCCCCUGAGUUGAUGACCGAUCUUCACAAAGCAUCUGAUAGCAUCAAUAACAUUCGUGAAUCAAACCGAGCAUCGCCACUGUUCAACCACCUCAGUGCUGUUGCGGAGGGUAUUGUUGCGCUCGCUUGGUUCUUUGAGAGCAAGCCCGCGGAAUUCGUCGCAGAGAUGAUCGGUGCCAUUGAAUACUAUGGAAAUAAGGUUCUCAAGGAAUACAAGGACAAGGACAAGACACAUGUUGAAUACAUUAAAGCCUAUUAUCAAAACUUCAAAGCUCUUGCAGAGUACCUCAAGAAGCACUUCCCCAAGGGACUGACUUGGAACAAUGAGUCUGGAAUCGAUGCACUGGAAGCCUUGAAACAGGCCAAGGGCGGACCUGCUCCAGUCAGCGGCGGCGUCCCAUCCCUGAACAUCCCUGGUAGCGGUGCUCCUCCUCCUCCACCACCCCCGCCUCCUGGUAUCCCACCUGCCCCAGCCCCCGCGGCACCGGCACCAGAUAUGGGUGCUGUCUUCGAUCAACUCAACCAGGGUGAGGGCAUCACCUCCAGCCUCCGCAAGGUGGACAAAUCGGAGAUGACACACAAGAACCCCAAUCUGCGCGCCGGAUCCACCGUCUCCAGUUCCGCACGGGGCAAAUCCCCGGCUCCUAGCAAGAAGCCUAAACCCGAGAACAUGCGCGCGCGCAAGCCACCUCGUAAGGAACUCGAAGGUAACAAAUGGCUCAUCGAGAACUUCGAAGGCCCAGGCGAUAUCAUCGAGAUUCCUGCGCAGCAGAACCAAUCUAUCCUGAUCACCCGCUGCAACAAGGCCAUCAUCAAGGUCACCAACAAGGCCAACGCUAUUGCCAUCGACAACUGCACUGGUCUCUCCCUUAUCGUCGACUCUCUGGUCAGCAGCCUGGACAUUAUCAAGUGUCCCAAGUUUGCUGUGCAGAUCGACGGUACUGUCCCCACUCUCCUGAUGGAUCAGGUCGAUGGUGCUGCUGUUUACCUUGGUCAGCAGAGCCUCAAUACCGAGAUUUUCACUAGCAAAUGCUCUGCUGUUAACAUUAAUCUUCCGCCGCCAGAGGGAACCGAUGAGGACACCAAGGAGUGCCCUCUACCCGAGCAGUUCAAGAGCUACAUCAAGAACGGCGUGUUGGUGAGCGAGAUUGUGGAGCAUGCUGGUUAA